AUGGCCGUCCGAGCUCUCAUCGCUGCUGCCGCCUUCUUGGCCGUCUUCCAGGGCUCCAGCGCGGCAGCCGCCGUGGAUGUCCUGCCCCAGGCGUUCGCCAACGCGACGGCCCCCCUGCCCAUUCCAGAGCACAGCGUCUACUUCUACAUCACCAACGCCACCACCGUCAAACAGCAGGUGCAGAGCGCCUUGCAGGCCUACCUCGCCGACAUGGGCAUGACCGUGGACAUGAUGGCCGCCAGGACGCUCAGGCAACUGUACCAGCAGGAGAGCAACUACUUCAAGCACUUUGAGUACCUCGCACUGCACCCUGAGCAGCUCGUACCCACUUCGUACGACUCGGCACUGCCAUACCUGGGCGCCCUCUACCGUCGAAUGGUCGCCCUUGUAAAGGAUGGAGCUUCAGCCACCAGCAGAGCUACCCCACAGGUUUCACGGAAUCUGCGUCAAGUGGAGUAUUCCGAAUGGAGCCCAGAGGACUCCUAUGUCAAGCUGCCUGAAGUGGUCGGCAAUGGACUCUCGGAGCUGCGUUCCUGGGUCAACAACUUGAUGGACACCGGCCUCUCAGCUGCCAACAGCCAAUUGGCGGGCAUAAUGAAGAAGACGCGCGAAGAGCAACUCAUCCCAUACGUGCAGAGUGCCCAGUUCAAUGCGAGAAGGGCCAGUGGCUGGUACGAGGACAAGUUCCAGCAGUACUCCAGCCCAGAGGUCUACCAAGACUUCGUGGCAGCACGACAGGAACUUUGGGACCUCCAACUGCUGCUUGAGGUGGUCGGCAAUGGACUCUCGGAGCUGCGGUCCUGGGUCAACAACUUGAUGGACACCGGCCUCUCAGCCGCCAACAGCCAAUUGGCGGGCAUAAUGAAGAAGACGCGCGAAGAGCAACUCAUCCCAUACGUGCAGAGUGCCCAGUUCAAUGCGAGAAGGGCCAGUGGCUGGUACGAGGACAAGUUCCAGCAGUACUCCAGCCCAGAGGUCUACCAAGACCUCGUGGCUGCACGACAGGAACUUUGGGACCUCCAACUGGUCGCCUAA